CUUUGCCCCUCAAACUAAUUUACAUCAGUCGGUCAGUCGUGUCGUCAGACCUUUUUUUUGGUAUGAACAAAAUUUUUGUUUGGAAUUAACGCAAGCUCUGAACUGAAGUGCAGUGGAAUGGCUCUCAAGAAGAAAGCACAGACCAAGGCGUCGCCCAAGAAGAGGGGGAAGGGCAAGAGUUCCCCAGUGCUGAAGAAGAAGAAGCCCCAAAAGGUGCCCAAGUCCAGCCCCAAGCAGCAGAGCCAGCUGAAGACUCUGUUCAGAGCCUCCAAGUUCAAGACCACAUCCCAAGGCAAUCCGGUCAAGCGGCAGGCGCCGGUGCCGCCCAAACAGCGAGUGUGGCGCAAGACGAUCGUCCGCAACAAGCCGAAGAAGAAGGAGGUGAAGCUUCCGAGACUCUUUCGAGCGGAUCGUCGGACCGGCCUGCCCGUCGACUAUGAGCGCACCGUGGAGCACGUGAUGCACUACGUGAAUCCUUAUAUCGGCAGCAGGCGCAAGCGCACUCCCGAGGAGGAGCUGGAGGAGGUCAUGACCCGCAUGUUCGUUGAGUUGAUUCAGCAGGGAGGUGCUCAUCAGGAUCCCUGCCACAUAGCCCAGCAGCUGCGCUCGAUGCUGCAGAAAGGCCAGUGCAACGGCAUCGGCAAGGGCAACGGCAACGGCAACGGCAAGGGGAACGGCCAGUGCAUUGGAAACUGCAACUGUCAGUUGGGAGAGAAGUGCACCAAGAGUCCGCGGAGUGAUGGGCGCAGGGAGAACGCAGAACUGAGCGAUUUCUACAGCGCGUGCAAACGGGGACCCCCGGCGACCAUCAGCCCCCUCCUGGGUCCCACCCGCAAGAGCCGGUUCAACUACAACCAACUGAAGAUAAGGAGCAUUUAGGGCCACCUUUUGCCCUCUCGCCCUGUCCUUAGACGUAGCCAUAAAUUGUAGUUGCAGAUGUUUUUAUUGAGUCAAAGAGUUCGCCUUGAUUGAUCAAUCAAUAGCAAUCAAUGGCUUGGCUCACCGGUAAAUUAAUCGAGUUAUGGUCUUGGCAAACCCGAAAGACAAAUGUCGGUAAAUAAAUGAAAUUCCACAGCCCA